AUGACGGUCAAUAUUCACUCGUACCACCGAGUCGACUACGGCGACGCCGAUGAGUCACCAGAACAGCGGCCGGUGAAGCGCUCGAAAUUGGCAGCGGCUGCAGCAGCCACGAGCCUCAAUCCUGAGGGCAAAGAGAGCGAGGACAGUACGCUUGUUCGCCGGCAUCCUCUCGGUAUACGGCCCUCUGGCAAUGCUUUGACGUCUUCAGAAAACCUGAAGGCUGCGUCCGGAACCUUUGCCACUCUUCCGGACGAGCUCAUCGUGCAAGUCCUGGAGAUCCUAGAUGCCAAAGAUCUGUUACGACUAGGUGGCACGUGUAGAGCAUUACACGCAUUCACCAGGAACGAGGAGCUCUGGAGAGCCUUGUUUGUCGAGUAAGUCAUUCUAAAGUCCUGCGUUGAGUCACUGCCAUGUGCCGCACGCCACACGCUCGCUCAGCAGUUUGCUGAGUGCAUUCGGUAGGUCAUCCCCUCAGAACUUCACAUGGCAAAGGACAUGGCGCUCCACGUAUCUCUCACAGCCGUCGAGUAGAGAGCCCCGCGUAGACUGCUCCAAUCUCUUCUCAGAUGUGCUGCAUCGUCCGUUCUUCUGCGCUCACGUACCUCUGCACCCAUACGCUCAAGAUAUACCUCGAAAGAAUGAGAUUCCGCGCCUUCCCGAUCUCUCAUACGAAGAGUUCGCAGCAGAUUGGUAUCAUCAGCCGUUCAUACUCACGGAACCGGUCAAGCGGUGGCCAGUAUACAAGACAUGGUCGACCGACGUUCUGUUGGAGAAGUACGCCGACGUACGAUUCCGUGCAGAAGCCGUCGACUGGCCACUAAAGACGUACAUCGAAUACAUGAACAACAGCCAGGAAGAGAGCCCUCUCUACCUCUUCGACCGAGCGUUCGCGGAAAAGAUGGACCUCACAGUCUCUGCCGACUCCAGCAAGGACGCAGACUACUGGCCGCCCACCUGUUAUGGCCCAGACGCCUUCUCAGUUCUCGGAAACCAGCGACCAGAUCACCGCUGGCUCAUCGUAGGACCCGACAGAAGCGGAAGCACUUUCCACAAAGACCCAAAUGCAACCUCAGCAUGGAACGCCGUCAUCAGGGGAAGCAAAUAUUGGAUCAUGUUCCCCUCAUCGCCAUCCAUCCCACCACCUCCCGGCGUCUACGUCUCCGAAGACCAGAGCGAAGUCACCAGCCCCCUGAGCAUCGCCGAAUGGCUUCUCGGUUUCCACGCCGAAGCACGCAAGACACCCGGCUGCAAGGAAGGCAUCUGCCACGAAGGCGAAAUUCUCUACGUCCCAUCGGGCUGGUAUCAUCUCGUGCUGAACCUGGAAGCGAGCAUUGCUAUCACCCAGAAUCUCGUCCCGAGGAACAGAGUCGGCGCCGUACUGCAUUUCCUGCGUGAUCAGAAACAAAGUAUCAGCGGCUUCAGCGAUGAUGUGGAGGAUCCGUACGGCCUGUUCGUGGAGCGGUUGCGGGAGCAGGACCCGGAGCUGCUGGAGGUCGGGAUGAAGGAACUAGAGAGAGUGAGCAAGAUUGGGAAGGGCUGGGAGGAGCUCACCAGAGGCGGCCGGGACGAAGGGGGUGGAGGUGGCUUCUCUUUUGGAUUCGGAGGCGACAGCGAUGAUGAAGAAUAA